GUUUCCGGUGACGUAGGCUAGCGCCCGAUGCUACACGCGGGAAAUAGGCGAAGCUGCACAUCACAUUGAUAGCGACAUGGGAGACACGCUGGAGUUCAACGAGAUCUACCAGGAGGUCAAAGGCUCCUGGAAUGACGGGCGGCUGCGGUUCAGCAAGCAGAAUGUUGUUUACAAAAGCAGCAAGACGGGGAAGGUGGACAGCAUCCCCGCUGGUGAGCUCAACCACGCGCAGUGGAGGCGAGUGUGUUUAGGUCACGGCAUCAAACUCAGCACCAGCUCAGGACACGUCUACAAAUACGAUGGCUUCAGGGACACAGACUUUGAAAAGAUUUCAGAGUUUUUCAAGGCCAACUACAAGGUAGAGGUAACGGAGAAGGAUGCGUGCGUGAAGGGCUGGAACUGGGGAACAGCCAAAUUCUCAGGGCCACUGUUAUCGUUUGAUGUCAACGACAAUACGGCAUUCGAGAUUCCCCUGUCCAAUGUUUCCCAGUGUGCCACGGGCAAGAAUGAAGUCACCCUGGAGUUUCACCAGAACGACGACACAGAGGUCUCCCUUAUGGAGGUCCGAUUCUACGUCCCACCUGCCACGGCUGAUGACCGACAAGACCCCGUGGAGGCGUUUGCCGCGAAUGUCUUAUCUAAGGCCGAUGUGAUCCAAGCCACAGGAGACGCUGUGUGCAUCUUCAAGGAGCUUCAGUGUCUUACGCCCAGAGGAAGAUACGACAUUCGUAUAUACCCGACAUUCCUGCACCUGCAUGGUAAAACCUUUGACUACAAGAUUCCCUACACAACCGUCCUCCGUCUUUUCCUGCUUCCACACAAAGAUCAGAGGCAGAUGUUCUUUGUGAUCAGUCUGGAUCCUCCCAUCAAGCAGGGUCAGACGCGUUAUCACUUUCUCAUUCUCCUUUUCUCCAAAGAAGAGGACAUUAACCUCACACUCAACAUGAGCGAGGAGGAUGUGGAACGUCGUUUUGAGGGAAAACUCAGUAAAAACAUGUCAGGGUCUCUCUAUGAGAUGGUCAGCAGGGUGAUGAAGGCCUUGGUAAACCGCAAGAUCACUGUACCAGGAAAUUUCCAAGGCCACUCUGGAGCCCAGUGCAUCACCUGCUCCUACAAGGCAUCUUCGGGCCUCCUUUAUCCCCUCGAAAGGGGCUUCAUCUAUGUCCACAAGCCCCCUGUUCACCUCCGCUUUGAGGAGAUCUCCUGUGUUAAUUUUGCCAGAGGCACUACCACAACACGCUCCUUUGACUUUGAGAUUGAGACCAAGCAAGGAAACCAGUACACCUUCAGCAGCAUCGAGAGAGAAGAGUAUGGCAAACUGUUUGACUUUGUAAACGCUAAGAAGCUCAACAUCAAGAACAGAGGCUUUAAAGAGGGCAUGAAGGGUAACAUCAAUGAGUACAGCGACUCUGAUGAGGACCAGCAUGACGCCUACCUGGAGAGGAUGAAGGCUGAGGGCAAGAUCAGGGAAGAGGGCAACGACAGCGACGAGUCAGAUGGCGGAAGCGAUGAGUCUUUCAACCCUGGCGAGGAAGAUGAAGAGAUCGCAGAGGAGUACGACAGCAACGCCUCUGCAAGCGACAGCAGUGAUGAGGAAGGGGAUAGCGAUGAUGAAAGCGCCAAGAAGAAAAAAGCCAAAAAAGUCAAAGUGGUGAAGGAGAAAAAAGAAAGGAAGCCACGCAAAGAGAAGAAGCAUAAAGAUACCGGUGGGCCCAAGAGGCCGAUGAGUGCCUACAUGCUUUGGCUCAACGCCAGCAGAGAAAGAAUCAAGUCAGAGAAUCCCGGCAUCUCCAUCACCGAGAUCUCCAAGAAGGCCGGAGAGAUGUGGAGGCAGCUGACCAAAGAUGAGAAAGAGGAGUGGGAAACAAAAGCCGGGGAGGCAAAGAGGCAGUAUGAAAAAGCAAAGAAAGAGUACAAAGAGAGCGGUGGAGGUUCAACCUCAACCCCUUCCAAGAAGGAGAGUAGAAAAUCUGGAGGCAAAAAAGACGAGAAGAAGAGGAAGUCUGCCGGUGGAGACAAGGAGAAGGAUCGAGGCAAUGACAGCUUCAAGAGCAAGGAGUUCAUCGAGACCAGCGAGGAUUCCUCAGACUCCGACCACAAGAGCAAGUCCAAGAGGAAGAAGCAGGACUCUGAUGAAGAGGAGGAAGAAGCCGCAUCCACACCUGCCAGCUCGGAGGAAGACUCUGACUAAACACACACUUGCAAACCGCACCCACAAACCAAGGACCAACCGUUUCUACCGAUUUUUGACCAGUGAACAAAAUUGAGUUGUAACUUUUUCUUCUACGUGUUUAGUUUUAAGAGUGCAAUUUCUAAUCUUGUGACCGGGCGCUCAUUGUUUGUGACGUUUGAGCAGGUUUCACUCCGACAGGUCAUGAUUGGAUACGUCAGUGCCAUUUGAAUUCUUAAAUGGAGGUGGUUGGUGUUUCAUUGAAUCUGAGGAUUGCGAGUUAUUCAUGUGGAUAAAAGCAAAGAGUAGCAGAUUUUCUUUCCCUCUGUGUAGUGCUUUUUAAAAACUUUUUUUUUUGUGUUUUGCAAUGUCAUGUUUUCAGACUGAAAUAAAUAAUUUUCAGUAAAUCC